AUGUUUUCAAUUAGCCAAUCCCCAUGCGUAUACCAGCAUCAGCCAAUGCUCGAUGCAUUCACUCCGUUCGCAAUUGCACCUGAAAGCAAAAAGAGAAAGGUCUGCCAUCAACCGGCUCUGUUUUCUCAACGUCAAACCUCUAGAGCACCGGUCAAGAUCGGAAUAAGCGAGGACGACAGUCAGCAUGUCGUGACUAUCUACAAACAAGUAAGUGCGGAUUUGGUGCAUAAAGCUGUUUACAGCCAUUUGCAAAAACUGAAGGAUAAUCGUCCUGCAAGUUACAGGGUCGUGAGAGACUUUUUUGGCAAUGAGUAUUAUAUUGAGGAGCGUUGGGACGAGGACAGUUUCAUCAGAGAGGCGAUGGCUUCUCUAGAUUUAGCUCCAAUCCAACGCCAAGUUGCCAAACAAAGCUUCAGAGACUACGAAAUCACUUUAAAUCACAGGGGUGACGAACUCGUGUUGAUGAGCCGGGCGGAUGGUUUUCAUAAGGAAGUCGCCCUAGGCGUGGAAUUUGAAGACAUAUCCGUCAAUGGAUUUGAGAUGGUGAGCGAAAGUGUUGCUGCAUUAAGAAUUGGAAUAAAGAAGGCCGAGCCUAAACCUUCGCAAUGGCAAUUCGUCAAGAUACUAAACGCCGGCGUUGAGAGAGAAGCUGUAAGAGAAGCUGAAAGAGAAGCUGUAAGAGAAGCUGAAAGAGAAGCUGCAAGAGAAGCUGCAAGAGAAGCUGCAAGAGAAGCUGCAAGAGAAGCUGCAAGAGAAGCUGCAAGAGAAGCUGCAAGAGAAGCUGAAAGAGAAGCUGCAAGGUACGCAUCAUUGAAGCGCUUGGAAGACCAGGAAAGAAGAGAACGCGCUGAGAUAGCCAAGGCGCAGGCAGACCAAAUUGCCAGGCGUGACGCUGAUAAAGCAGCCAAGAAGGCCAGAAAGCAGGCCAUCGCCGAGAAGAAGGCCUUUCUAAUAGCACAGAAAAGAUUGAGUCGCGAAGCUGCCGAAGAGGAGGCUGCACGCGCCGCAGCAACUUCUAGAACUCAAACUCCAUCCCCCGUGGUGAUAAAUAUUAAUAUUUCCGAAGCUGCCAAGACUGAGUCUCCCGCCGCUGCCACACCGCCAUCUACUCGCGGCCGGUCGCACUCUCCAGUAUUAGAAGAUGUGGAUGAUGAAGAGAUUCAUCGCUACCGCAGAUCUUUGGACCUCUCGCCUAGAGGGUCUUCGGUCGUGGAUAACUUUUAA